AUGGCCACAAAUUCUGCAGUAUCUACUUUGGCGGCGUCGCCACCAAAUCCAGACAUGAUUUCUCAACGACCGCGUGACUCUGCUCUCGUGAGCCGUGAAUCAACAGGAUAUUCAUCAGCUAAUGAAAAUGAUGAUGAUAAGAAUAGCGACCUCGGGGAAGUCGUUUCUACUGACGAUUAUAAUGCUCGAACACAGUCCAGCGCUGCAUCGUCGCAGGCUACAGAGUCUGACGACUCUGAUAUGGCGAGAAAAAUUGAGGCAGCCCGGGAAGACGAAUCACUUAUCGGGUCUGAUGACUCUGGUGAUGAUACCUAUCUUUUUAACGAGGAGCAGUACAUGAUUGAAGAUGAAACCAAGCGGCAGAAUAACACUGUUCGGAAAGAUGUCAGCAAGAACCCAUCGGCACAGCCUGACGUUUUUGAGAACGAAGACGACUUUUGGGAUUCAUUUGCUAGAACCGACGGCUGGACUGAUGAUGAUGACAUCGUGACGAAUGAAUUGUUCAAGCCACAACGUGGGUUCGCAUCUACACCGGAGCCUCUUUUCUCCGACUUUUAUGGUUCAUCUGAUGAGACGGAUCGACCUGGUUCUAAUGAGGAUGGCGAUGACGAGGAUGCUCUCACGACGGAUGAAGAUAUUACAUCGCUGGACGAUGGGAGCUCCACUAUCAGUGACGUGGAAUCACUCUCGGUACCCCUGAUUGCCCAUGUGGGAACGGCUCAAGAUAUGGAUGGACAUGGUUCUCAGCAAGAUAUGACAAAUAAGGAGGAAUUGGGCGAAAAAGCUCUGAAAAAUGCCAUCCCCCUCCUGGUCAUUGAGGAUCUGGACGGUCGUCUUAUCUAUGCACGCGCAGGAGAUGGCGAAGCUGUAUUCGGAUCGGAUGGUGAAUUCGAGUUCGAAGGCGAGAGUGACGAGCAAAGCUCUGAUGAUGAUAUGGUUCAUGGUGACUCGCCUAAGGUAGGCAUUCGUUCGCAUGCACACGAACCGCCGGCAUCAGAGUUUGAUGCUUCUGGCGCUGAUGAUGGUGAUACCACAGAUGAACUGCCCGACUCCGACAUGCCAUACCCGAGGCUUCUUGUGGGUUCUAUUGCUCCUCGCGGGGGACGUAAUGCUCGUCGUGCCCGCGAAAUUGCUGCUCGCUCGCGACACUCCUCGCCUCGCGUGUCGUCUCCAGCACCAAGAUCUUCAGCAGUCUGUACAACACCACUUCGAAAUGGGCCUAGCUCUUUGUCAAAUGCAUUAUCUUUGCAUAAUGAAUCCAAUGAUCAAGGUGUCGAUCCAUCGCAAACAUCAGAAGACGAGGGCUCAAGCGAAAAAACAGCAGAUCAUGCGUCGCCUUCCAAAGAAUCUCAACUCUCCUUAUCCGAGCCGCCCAAGCCAGUCAUGGGUCAAUUCAUGCCGGCCUACUCCAAGUCUAUACAUCGCGCUGUGAUUGAUGGCUCACAUCGUACUCCUUCCCCGUUUAGCACCUUGCAUAAUAUGCAACGAGGUCUUCGCCAGAAAAGAUCUCGUCAGCAUCCGAAUCGUGAAUUUCUAGAUCAUGCACAGAACAAUGGUCCUCUGUUCUUGAGGAAGCGCAAGCACCGCGAUAUAUCUGAUUCAAGCGUAUUUAAGGGUGUUCAGCCUUGUCUCGAGCAAUCCAAUGAUGGACUUGACUCUUCGCCUGAGGCUCAGCCCCAAUGCCCCACCGAUAUCAUGGACAUCGGUGAUGUACUCGAUGAGGGGCUGCUUUAUCCAGGCUCUAGCGAUGACUCCAGCAUUGAUGAUUCCACAUCCAAAGCGCGACACGAACCCCGUCGGUCGAAAUCUUCACAGAAUGGAACGUACGAUCGAGCUAUCGCCCGGUGGACUCGGAUUCCUAUGGGUGCAUUUCGGAGCGCACAAGAGAAUGGUACACCUUCUAGUGUACCGCCCAUAUCAAAUGCAUACUUGACUCAUCAACGCCCUGGUGGCACAUUUUUAUUAACGCAAGCGCUGAGGGAUCCAAGGCAAGCACUGGGUAGUUCACGCUCCCCUGCAAACGGUAUUUCACAUUUCGGGCGGACGCCCUUCCGGCGUAGUGUGAGUAUGCUUGAUGAUCCAGGCAGCCCAUCGGCGUCGCCCCUUCAUCGAACACUAGCCGACCAUGUCAUAUCUGAUCCCGCAAAUCGGCCAGACAAAGGUCGUCAUGAAAAGCACCGUCUCCAACGACUGAGUAAUAAGUUUGGUGAGCACGCGGUUGUUGGUGGAAAGUUCCUUAUUUCUCCAGUAUUAAGACCUGUCAAGCACCGUGAACGAAACACAUCAUCGAACAAUGUUGAUGCCACAAGUCCUAUUUCUGCUUUGGGGGACAUUGCUCCGUCUGAUCAUGGCUAUCAUACUAGUGGCACACCUAGAAAAGUGACCAAGCGUGAAAAGCGCGAGCGUAUGGCCCGCCGUGAAGCUUCCAAGCGGCACGACACCGCGUCUCCACAACCGCAUGACUCAGCGCUACAUAUGGCGUAG